AUGUUUUGGCUCUAUAGAAGACUUAUUCGGCGCAGCAGGAAAAGUUGUAGUAGUAAUAAAAAUAAGUGUGAACCGAGGGGGGUUAAAGCGGUUAGCUUCUCCCCAAUUAUCGGCUUCGUUGUCAGAGAUGGUGUUGGAGAAUGGAACCGGGAAUUGCAGAAGAAGAAUUCGAGCAUACUGAAAGCUUUAUUACGUUUUGUUGGUUGGAAAUACUUAAUAAUUAUUCUACUUGUACUCAUUCAGAUGACAGCGUUAGUUGCAGGCCAAGCGUACUUCGUAGGAUUAAUAAUAAAUUAUUUUGAAAACAGAGAAGAACGGAAUCAAUACAACGUCUAUGCUACACUUGCGGGAUUUUUUAUUCUACUUGUGAUAUAUUUCUGUAUAUAUAAUAUUAGUUCGUUCAUAAACGAAUUAUAUGGAAUGAAGUUAAAGAUAGCAUUCUGCACUCUUAUAUAUAGAAAGGCAAUUAGGUUAAGUUCUUCGUCUCUGGAAAGAUCGAACGUGGGGCAAAUGGUAAAUCUUUUAGCAAACGACGUCGGCAAAUUCCAAAAUAAAGUUAUCAGCCUUCCAGUUUUAUUUACAUCGCCUUUCUUCAUCAUUACUUCGAUAGCCAUGUUGUGGAAGUAUUAUGGAUGGACUAUUCUAAUUGGAUUCUUGGUCAUAUUUCUCUAUUUUCCUAUACAAGUUGCUUUGAGUAAACUAUAUUCAAAAUUGAGAUUACAAGCAGCUGUAUUGGGAGACAAAAGAUUGAAUCUGUUGAACGAGAUGAUUGCUGAUAUGAUGUUAAUCAAGAUGUACACCUGGGAAUUGCCAUACGCCGCACUAAUAGAAAAAAUCAGAGUGAAAGAAAUGAAAAAAAUUCGAAAGUUUUUAUAUGCAAGCGGAAUAUCGUGCAUAUUGUCAUAUCCUAUGUCAAAAUUAUUCAUUCUUCUUGCAUAUCUCGCAUUCUUUUUAAAUGGAGGACAACUAAAUGCCGAAAUUAUAUUCGUUACAAUGACUUUUUCAAUGUAUAUCGCCUGUCAGAUUGUUGUUUUUUUUUUCUCAAGCAGUGAGUUUUGUUGCAGAAGUUUUGGUUUCGUUAAAAAGGAUACAGCAACUUUCGAAGAAAGAUUUCGAAUUUGUUGUUAA